AUGUAUAAGCAAAUAACAAGAAAAAUGGCUCCCAUUACUCCUAGAACCCCUAGAUCUAAUGCUAGAAAUAGCCUUACCCAGGUUGCAGUUGGUCGUGUUGAGCAACAUCUUGUUGUACCUGCUGUUACCCAAGAACAGCGUAUGACAGAAAUGUCAGCUCGCCUUGAUAACAUGGGCACCAUACUUGGAUCCCUGGACAAUAGAUUUGGUCAAUUUAUUAACGUCCAAAGAAGAAACACCAAGACAGUUGGUGCAAUUGCUAUGUCUUUGGCAUCUACAAGUAGACAAGUUCUCCCAGCAGUUGCCCCAUCUGCUGCCCCAUCUUUUGACCAAAUGUCUGAAGAAGAGACAAAAGUUGCAGUUUUGGCCUUGAUCAGAGAGAAGAUCUGGAAAAAGGACUUCAGAUCUAAUGAUUCUACUGAGAUUGCUGGGAAUGAAGCAAGACAAAGAUGGAACAUAGAUGAGAGGGUUGACUAUCUCAAUAAUGUUGUUGUUGUUGCGUACUUGCAGGAGUAUAUUCAUGCCCAAUCCCAAACUGUCAGCUUUUGGCCUGGCAUGGUAGUAUCUAUGAUAAAAACACAUACAUUGCCUGAGCAGCGCGUAGACAACAACCGCAGAGCAAGAAUUGCCAGCCAGAUUAAAGAGAUUAUUACAAAACAUAUCUAUACUUGCCGCCAGGAUAUCUAUACUAGAUACUGGAGGGUGAUAGACAAGGAGAUGGGUCUCACGGUGAAAGAAGAUUUCAAGAUAGCUUUUUUUAGUGCUAUCCAAAAAGGGGCUAUGUCAGACGGCAAGUCUGACACAGAGAAACUUUUUCCUGGAUUCCCAGUGCGUGUGUUAAAAGUUGCCCGUCCCAGCUGGAGAAGCAAUGAAUUCAACAAGUUUCUGGGCUUGAUUGAUGAAAGCAUGCAUUCCAAUCAUAAAGCAAAAGGGAAUGCAAAGCCAAGAAUGCCUAGGUUUUUGAGAGGAGAAAAAAAUGUUACUGUACCAUGUUGGCUGAUUUUGUCACUGCCUCCCUGGGCGAUUAAACAAUAA